UUUCUAUAUGCUUUGCCAAGAAAAGAAGGCUAUGAGUUCUUUGUGGGGCAGUGGUCAGGAACAGAACUGCACUUCACUUCGCUAAUAAACAUUCAGACUCAAGGUGAAACUGCUCCCAGCCAGUUGGUCUUGUACCAUUAUCCUGAGCUGCAGAAGGAAAAAGGGAUAGUGCUAAUGACUGCAGAAAUGGACUCAAAGUUCUUGGUAGCCCAUGAAGCACAGUGCUUGGCGAAUCAGGUGCAGCUUUUCUAUGCUACGGAUCGGUCUGAGACCUACGAAUUGGUGGAGACCUUCAACCACAGAUCUAGUGAAUUUAAAUACAUGUCAGUUAUAGCAGAGCUUGAGCACAGUGGACUUGGAAGAGAACUGAGACCUGGUCAGGUUUCUGACAAGUCGUAG